UUAUUAAUAGGCUAUCUAGUUAUUAAUAGUUAUUAAUAAUAAAAUGGCUACCGCCAGUACUCAUAAAUCUCAUAUUCCUACACCAUCUCUGGACUCUCCUGCCUUUGUGUCGACCAGGAGACAUCAGAUUUUACGUCCACUUUUAUUUCCAGAGUCCCAAAGUACAGAUUUGUCUUGUUUUUAUGAGGAGAAGAAGGAUUUACCCAUUCCUUGUCUGUUGUGUGAGAUGGAAUUUAUUGAUUCUGAUCCAUCGAUUAUCAGUGAGAGCAGUACUAGUAAAACUAAAAAAGAGAAAGAUUCAGCACGACAGAGAUUCCUCUAUCACAUGCUGACAAAGCACAAUAUUGUGAUACACGGAACAGAAAAUAUUACAAGUUUUAAAUGUUAUGCCAAAUAUUGGAAGGAAAGGCUACUCUCCCUUCCUCAUGAGCGAUUAUCUGACAUCUUCCCAGUUAUCCAGACUAACCCCGAAACAAGAAAUGAUCUUCCAGAGAGAUACUUUCUGUUCAAUGACUCUGUUCCUGAAGACAAGGACUUGAGAGAAUUUUUAAGAAUGAAAAGAUUAGAGGCUUUGCUGGAAUUACAACAUUUUGAGAGAACAGACAAUAAUUUUAAGCGACUCUGUUUAUUUUGUCAUGAGACUUUCACGGGGAACAGAUCUGUACUAUUGGAACACUUGUUUGAAUCCCAUAGCUUCAGGAUUGGAAAACCAGACAAUAUUGUUAUGAUAGACAAAUUUCUCGAUUCCUUACAAGAAAAGCUUGAAAAUCUUCAGUGCCUUUACUGUGAGAGGAUGUUCAGGGACUAUGGUACACUCCGUGAUCACAUGAGAAAGAAAUAUCACAAGAAAAUAAACCCAAAGAAUAAAGCAUACGACAAGUUUUACAUGAUAAAUUAUUUAGAAGAAGGUAAAUCAUGGGAGGAUAUAAGCAAAGAGACUGAUCAGUUACAAGAAGAUAACGAGGAGGAAACUGAAGAAGAGGAUAGCGAAAAUUGGAGUGACUGGGCAGAGCUAAUGUCUUCGAGUAUAACUUGUUUAUUUUGCUCUCACACUUCCUCUUCACUUGAUGACAUAAACAGGCACAUGACUGAUAGACAUGAUUUCAAUCUUGAAGAGGUCACACGUGAAAGAGAUUACUACUCAAGAGUGAAAAUAAUCAAUUACAUCAGGAGACAGGUAUACAAUGGCAUAUGUAUUCAUUGCUGCUCUCGAUACGAAGAUGUUAUUGAUCACAUGAAUGACUGUAAUCAUUUUCGGCUGCCAGAUGACAGGAAUGUAUGGGACCAAUCCCAAUAUUUCUUUCCGACUUACGAGAACGACCAGUUACUCUGCGUCAUUGAAGACGAAACAACUGUUAGUUAAUAAAAUUAUCAAAACAGGCAGAUUCAUGGACAAUAAUAAUUGAAAAUAAAUAAUUACAAUAAUAA